AUGAAGAUAGAAGUGGUGCAACCGUCGGAUCAAGAUUACGACGGAUCUGUGUAUUACCACGAGGACAGUGAUCUCUACGCAGAAGACGUCGACGGACAACUUGCGGUACUGCCCGAGGUCCCGGUAACGACGGAAGGUGUGAGGAUCGAAGCCAUUCAAUUUCCCGGAUCUGAUAACAGACGUCGGAAGAAAUCGACGGACUUUUUCCGACAUCCCCUGAUCGGCAAGGGAAAUACGCUCCCGCCGGAAGCUCAAGAUAUUCCGAUCGCGCUUAAGUACCGUAAGCUUCGAAUCCAGUACCGAGAGAAGAUGGCAGAGAUGAUCGAGGGUCUCCUGUCUGUGGAGAUGAUCAACCACUCAAGAUCUCCAUGGGCAUCACUGAUUUUCGUGAUCAUCAAGAAGAACGGUGUGGAUAUACGAAUAUGUAUUAAUUAUCGGUUGGUUAACAGUCUGACACAGCUGAUGGCCUACCCAAUGCCCCUGAUCAACGAUCUACUGGAAGAGCUGAAGUAUACACUAUGGUAUUGUUCGCUGGAUAUGGCGAGCGGAUUUUGGGUGAAUUGGGUGCCGUUUGAGCUGAAGAACGCGUCGCAGAUCUACCAGCGGUUGAUUGACAACACCUUGUAUGGGUUCACCCGAAUCCCGAAUGGACAAGUGCUCUGGAGCGUCGGGAUGUAUUCGAGGCUGGAGAAGCUGAGGAUCCAGGCAAAUCAUCAAUCCUACAACGAUGUCAUCUUAGUCCCAGCGAGCAAUUGGGAUCAGCUAUGCGAUCGUGUUGAAGAUAUUAUAGAGACGUGCGACAAAUGGAAGCUGUCGAUCAGCGUCGUCAAGCGUUUCGGGGGCAUGCCGAAAAUGGAAUAUCUUGGACAUCAAGGUAUCGCGCAUCCAAAGGGUCUGUCGGUGUUGACGGAUCUUGAGGUUCCCAGAUCCUUGCGUGCUAUGCAAUCCGUUUUGGGGAGUCAGCACUAUUAUAGUCGCUUCAUCAAGGAUUAUCUGGUUUACGCGUCUGUGCUAUAUGAUUUGAGGGAGGUCAAUUAUGCUGCGAUGGAGAAGAAUAUCCGGACCUAA